CUCAAUUCAUGCACUGUUUUGUCACUGUUUUGUAAAUUCAGUGAAUCUAUGAGUCCAUCAAAUAAUGUCUAUUUUUAAUCAUUUGUAACAUAUUUUUUAAUUAUUUCAAAUAAAUUCAAUAAUAUUUAAAAUGUUUUGUCAACUAAUUUAUAAUCUAUACAAACGUUUCCUAUAAGAAAGUAAUCAAACAAUUUGAGACAAAAUGUCCAGACAUCGAGGGGUGAAGAAUAUGAAUUACAGCGAAGAAUAUGACGAGUAUUACAACACUUACGGCCAAUCACUGGAGGAAGACAUCUGUAUUUCGCCCAAUACUGAGCGUCAGUUUAUGUACAACCGGUCACAACCAUCCACUCAACGACCACAUGACUCCUCGGAUCUCAUGAACACGAGUGUCACUGAAGAGGACGACGACGCGGAACAGGAUUUGGAUUAUUAUCGCAAUCUCUCAGAUAUGGACCAAAUAGAGAGAGUUAAACUCAUCUCAUGUGUCGAAGAGAUGGAGAAUGUGGUCGGAGAGACAAUACCCGAGUCACUGCUUAUAAGAGCCGCCAAAAUACAUAAUUAUGACAUAAAACGAGCGUUGGAUUCAGUCCUUAAUAACCACACCUUUGAUCCCAACGACUAUCUAAGAAAUGAACCAAAAGGAGCCACAAAUAGAGUGAGGGAUCAGUGCGACACAGAAGUGGCCAAGAUCAAUAAGACUUUAGGACAACUAGUUGUCAACAAAAGUGAACCAAACCUUAAAGCACUCGCGAGUCCUGUUCGCAGGAAUUUAGACAAAUCUCGAUUAGAGUCGGGCCAUCAGAACCAGUACUCGAGCCCAAACUCCCCGGCCUCGAGUAGAACCGGUUCCCGAAUGUCGUCUCCAAACCACGAGAAGAGCUCCGAAAGCAAGACUACAAAACCCAUACAAACGAAAGCUUUGAAUCCGGAAUUAGCUUUAAUUGAAUACAAUAAGAACAGAAAUAGUGGUAAACCCAACAUAAAUAUGGUUGUCAUCGGACACGUGGACGCCGGGAAGAGCACUCUUAUGGGACAUCUGUUAUAUCGUUUGGGUUUUGUUUCUCAGAAAGCGAUCCAUAGAUACGAAACUGAUUCCAAGAAAAUGGGCAAAAACUCAUUCCUUUACGCCUGGGUUUUGGAUGAGACACCAGAGGAAAGGAGUCGCGGUAUUACUAUGGAUAUCGCAGAGUCUCGCUUUGAAACCAAUGCCCGCGCCGUCACUUUACUCGACGCUCCGGGACAUAAGGACUUCAUUCCUAAUAUGAUCACCGGUGCCACUCAAGCAGACGUGGCUUUACUUGUGGUCGACGCCACUAAAGGAGAGUUUGAAACUGGUUUUGAUUUGGGCGGACAGACCCGCGAACACACCCUUUUGAUAAGAUCAUUAGGAAUCUCUCAGUUGGGAGUUGUGGUCAAUAAACUAGAAAACGUUGACUGGAGUCAAGACCGUUAUCAAGAAAUUGUCGUCAAAUUAAGUGCUUUUCUAAAACAGGUGGGCUUUAAGGAACAGGACAUUAGUUAUGUGCCGUGCAGUGGUCUCACGGGUGAGAAUUUGACCGAAAGGUCUAAAAUCAAAGCCUUAUGUUCCUGGUAUUCGGGACCCUCUCUCGUCGAGAUUAUUGACAACUUCAAGCCACCAGACCGUCUCAUUUCAAAGCCAUUUCGCUUGUCUCUCAACGAUGUAUUCAAAGGCCUCACGUCCGGGAUCUGUAUUAGUGGUCGUGUAGAAGCCGGUACUGUCACUGUUGGCCAGAAAUUAGUGAUUUUACCCGCAGGAGAGCAAUGUGUUGUCAAAUCCAUAGCUAUUGACGACACACCCAUUCCGACGGCUUUUGUUGGCGAUCACAUCGUUAUGACGCUCUUGGGUUGUGAUUUGAAUAAGAUUUCAGUGGGGAAUCUGGUGUGCGAUGCCUCAAACCCCGCUCCUGUCACCACUCGAUUUGAAGCCAGAAUAGUCUUAUUCAAUAACAUUGAGAUUCCGAUCACUCGAGGCUUUCCGGUUAUAUUUCAUUAUCAAAGUCUGAGCGAACAGGCAGUGGUCCGCAAACUGAUAUCUCAGGUGCAUAAGGGAACGGGUCAGGUGAUCAAAAACAAACCGCGCUGUUUGCUCGGCAAUAGCAGUGGAUUUGUUGAGAUUGAAGUCCAGAAACCUGUUUGUGUGGAACUCUACAAAGAAUACAAAGAUUUGGGGCGAUUCAUGAUUCGGGCGUCCGGUGCCACUAUAGCAGCAGGGGUAAUCACUAAGAUUGUGGGAUAAGAGUUGGCAAUACUGUCUUCCAUUUGUAAAAAUAACUUAAAUGAAUUAUAAGAAUAAAUAAAUUUGAAUAUUAAAUAACAA